AUGCUGCGAAACCUCAGCUCGCGCGCCCUGCCGAGGGCCGGCCUCCGCGCCGCCUCGUCGCCCGCCCUUGCCCGCGUCGCCGUCGCGCCCUCGCCCAUCCUGGCCCGCGGCUACAAAUCGACCUCGAAUCGCUCCCAGGCGAGCCCCGCGCCCGCAAAGCCAAACGCGCCCUCGGGCAGCGACACCUUUAUCAACACCACCAACAGCUACUACGCAGAGGAGAUGCACAAGCGCUGGAAGCAGGACCCGUCGUCGGUCCACGCCAGCUGGGACGUCUACUUUAGCGGCCUCGCAAAGGGCCUCCCCAGCGAGCAGGCCUUCCGCGCGCCGCCCACCCUCAUGCCCCUGCCCAUGGAGGCGCCCCCCGUCGACGUCUCGGGCAUCGGCUCCGCAGAGUCGGUUGACGACCACCUCAAGCUCCAGCUCCUCGUCCGCGCCUACCAGGUCCGCGGCCACCGCAUCGCCCGCCUCGACCCGCUCGGCAUCCUCGAUCCGGACCUCGACCCGAAGAUCCCCGAGGAGCUCAAGAUCGAGCACUACGGCUGGUCCGAGUCGGACCUCGACCGCGAGAUGCGCCUCGGCCCGGGCCUCCUGCCCAACUUUGUCAAGGCCGGCGUCCAGACGCUCACCAUCCGCGAGAUCAUCGACGCCUGCAAGCGCAUGUACUGCGGCUCGAUCGGCAUCCAGUACGUCCACAUCCCCGACCGCGAAAAGUGCGACUGGCUCCGCGAGCGCAUCGAGACGCCGGAGCCGUUCAAGUAUACGGUCGAGGAGAAGCGCACCAUCCUCGACCGCCUGAUCUGGUCCGACUCGUUUGAGCGCUUCAUCGCGUCCAAGUACCCCAACGAGAAGCGCUUCGGCCUCGAGGGAGGCGAGUCGCUCAUCCCGGGCGUCAAGACGCUCAUCGACCGCUCCGUCGAGCACGGCGUCGGCUCCAUCACCAUCGGCAUGCCCCACCGCGGCCGCCUCAACGUGCUGGCCAACGUCAUCCGCAGGCCCAUCGAGGGCAUCCUGCACCAGUUUGCCGGCAAGGAGGACGACGGCGAGGGCGGCGGCGACGUCAAGUACCACCUCGGCGCCAACUACGUCCGCCCCACGCCGUCGGGCAAGAAGGUGGCCCUGUCGCUCGUGGCCAACCCGUCGCACCUCGAGGCCGAGGACCCCGUCGUGCUCGGCAAGACGCGCGCCCUGCAGGACUUCGCCGGCGACAAGGAGCACCGCACGUCGAUGGCGCUGCUGAUGCACGGCGACGCCGCCUUUGCCGGCCAGGGCGUCGUGUACGAGACCAUGGGCAUGUACAACCUGCCCAACUACGCCACCGGCGGCACCAUCCACAUUGUCGUCAACAACCAGAUUGGCUUCACCACCGACCCGCGCUUCUCGCGCUCGACGCCCUACCCGUCCGACAUUGCCAAGUCGAUUGACGCGCCCAUCUUCCACGUCAACGGCGACGACGUCGAGGCGGUGGCCUUCGUCUCGCAGCUGGCCGCCGACUGGCGCGCCAAGUUCCAGAAGGACGUCGUCAUCGACCUCGUCUGCUACCGCAGGCACGGCCACAACGAGACCGACCAGCCCUCGUUCACCCAGCCGCGCAUGUACGAGGCCAUCGGCAAGCAGGACCCCACCCUCAAAAAGUACACAAAGAAGCUCGUCGACGAGGGCAGCUUCUCGCAGUCGGACAUUGACGAGCACCAGAAGUGGGUGUGGGGCAUGCUCGAGGAGGCGGCCGAAAAGAGCAAGAAUUACGAGCCCGAGGAGCGCGAGUGGCUGUCGAGCGCGUGGGAAGGGUUCCCGUCGCCCAAGGAGCUGGCCGAGAAGAUCCUCGACCACAAGGACACGGGCGUCGAGCUCGAGACGCUGCGCCACAUUGGCAAGACGGUGUCGUCGUACCCGGACGACUUCAACGUGCACAAGAACCUGGGCCGCAUCCUCAAGACGCGCGGCAAGACGGUCGAGGAGGGCAAGAACAUCGACAUGAGCACCGCCGAGGCGCUGGCGUUUGGCUCGCUCGUCAAGGAGGGCUACUACGUGCGCCUCUCCGGCCAGGACGUCGAGCGCGGCACCUUUUCGCAGCGCCACUCGGUCCUCCACGACCAGGCCGACGAGCGCACCUACACGCCGCUCCAGCACAUUGACCCCAAGCAGGCGCCGUUUGUGGCGUGCAACAGCUCGCUCUCCGAGUUUGGCUGCAUGGGCUUCGAGCUCGGCUUCUCGCUCGUCGACCCCAAGAACCUGACGAUCUGGGAGGCCCAGUUUGGCGACUUUGCCAACAACGCGCAGUGCAUCAUUGACCAGUUUGUCGCGUCGGGCGAGCGCAAGUGGCUGCAGCGCACCGGCCUCGUCAUCAACCUGCCCCACGGCUACGACGGCCAGGGCCCCGAGCACUCGAGCGCGCGCAUCGAGCGCUUCCUGCAGCUGUGCGACGACCACCCGUUCCGCUUCCCGACGCCCGAGAAGAACAACCGCCAGCACCAGGACUCGAACAUGGCCGUCGUCUACCCGACGACGCCCGCCAACUACUUCCACGUGCUGCGUCGCCAGGUUCACCGCGACUUCCGCAAGCCGCUGGUGCACUUCUUUAGCAAGUCGCUGCUCCGACACCCCGAGGCGCGGUCCAAGAUCGAAGACUUCCUGCCCGGUUCGGGCUUCCAGCGCUUCAUCCCGGAGCCCCACGCCCAGGAGGGCAAGGAUGCGCUGGUGGCCAACGACGAGAUCAAGCGCCACAUCCUGACGGUGGGCCAGACGUACUUUGCGCUGCUCAACUGGAGGCGCGACAACGGCAUCAAGGACGUUGCCAUUUCGAGGAUCGAGCAGAUUUCGCCGCUCGACUACGAGGCCAUUGUGCCGGCGCUGGACAAGUACCCCAACGCCGACCUGGUCUUCUGCCAGGAGGAGCCGCUCAACAACGGCGCGUGGUCGUACCUGCAGCCGCGGCUGCGGACGGCGUGCCGCCACACGCAGCACCACAAGGACGACAUUGUGAUGCUGGCUUCGCGGCCACCGUCGUCGUCGGUCGCCACGGGCUCCAAGGUGGCGCACAAGGCCGAGGUUGAGGCGUACCUGCGCGACGCGUUUGACCUCAGCCGCAAGGCGAGCGACGAGCUCUGA